CAGCCGGGAGUGAAAACACUUCCGUUUUUUCAGGAGGUCAAAAUGAACUGAUGAACUGUCAUCCGCAUCUUCAGCACUGGAAUUUUAAAUGAGUGCAAAAAGAACAGAUGCAUCAUUAAUUCUCAAUGGAUGGCGCUUAAGGUUAUGUGAAAGUGGCAUAGCUUGACUUUACAUCCAAUUUAAUAAUAAUGUUGCAGUUAAAAAAAAACUAAAAAAACAAAGACAUUUAUAAAGGGAUUAGCAGAUGCAUUUAUUUACUUGAUGGAAGAAUAAUAAUGUUUUAUAUGUAAUAUUUUCAGAAUUGCGUUAGAAUCAGAUAUAUGUGCAGGUAUUGAGAUAGAUAAUUCAGUGAUCGAAAGAUUAUAUGAAGAUGGAAAAUGAAUUUGUGCAGGCCUUGCACAAAAUUUCUUUAACCCUUUGUAGCAUUUUCUCCCUACUAAGGGGAAUCUAAUUUAAUAGGAUAUAAUCUUCAUCUGAUUGGCUAUUCUGUGCAUUAAAAAAAAAGUGUGUCCCACUAUCUGUCCGGAAUUAACUUUUGGUCAGCUUCCAUUGAUGCCCUCACGUCAGCAUUUCUGUGCUAAGUCUGAAGUCUGAAACUUCACCUGUUUUAUAUGUUCUUGUUAUCUAAAAUCUCACUUGAUCCAUAGAAUCCUUUAAAUGUCUGAACAACAACAGUGAUCAAAAAGGAUUACAGCCAACCAUGCAAAUAUACUGGAUUUAACCUUUGAUUGUUUUUUUGCAAACUUUACAUUUUUGGGUAUUUUAAUAUAUUUUAUUUUGUUUCUGGUAUUAAAUUCAUUACCAAAAGUAAAGAGCUAUCGAAGACCUUAGGCAGAACAUUAUUUAUUGUCAUAAAGCUAGAGAAGGAUACAAGAAGAUUUCUAAGCAUUUGAGCAUCCCAAUUUCAACUGUUGUUUCUAUUAUCACGAAGUACAAGACUCAAGGUACAGUCACAAUGUUCCCUCGGUCUGGAAGAAAGAAGGUUCUUUCACCAAGAACAAGUAGAAGAAUUGUGCGGAAGGUUAAUAACAAUCCGAGGUUGACUGCCAAAGAUAUUCAAUGUGAAUUGGCUGCAAGGUUGAGUAUUGCAUUGUGAAGGUCUUAAUGGCCGCAGGCCAAGGAAAAAGCCAUUGUUAGGAAAACAUCACAAGGACAAUCGCUUAAAGUUUGCAAAAUGGUAUUUAAAUGAUGGGUAUGAGUUCUGAUCAAAGGUUUUGUGGAGUGAUGAAAUAAAAAUCGAACUAUUUGGUCACGGUGAUAGUCAUGUUGGAGAAAGUCUGGUGAGGCGUACAAAGAAAAGAACACCAUACCUACUGUCAAGCGUAGAGGUGGUAAUAUCCUUCUAUGAAGCUGUCUUUCCUCUAAUGGCACAGGAAAUUUAGUUCCAAUACUUGGUAAAAUGGAUUCCAUAACAUACCAAAAGAUAUUGGCCAAUCAUCUGAAACCCUCCGCUACAAAACCUGAUUUAAAGCGCAACUGGACAUUCCAACACAACAACGAUCCAAAGCACUGAUCAGAAUCUACUUCAGAAUGUUUAAAGAAGAAUAAAGUCAAGGUUCUGGAAAAGCCUAGUCAAAGUCCUGAUCUAAACCCGAUUGAGUAUCUUUGGUAUGAGUUGAAGAAGGCUGUGCACAAGAGAAGUCCUCGGACUUUGAAUGAACUGGAACAAUUUUGCAUUGAAGAAUGAUCAAAAAUCAGUAAUCAUGCCAAAAUCUCAUUGACAAAUAUCCUAAUCGUUUUAAAGAGGUUAUUAUUGCUAAAGGUGCCUCAACUAGCUAUUAAUUUUAUUUUCCUUGUCAUGGUAUGAAUACUUUUGAAUUAGCAUUUUUGGAGUUUUGCAAAUAAUGUAGACAUCUAUUUCUUGUAACUUUUUUUCCUCAUCCUCAUCAGACAAGCUGCUGUGUGAAUCUGUUUGUUGUUUCUGGUGUGGCCCAGGCUGACAGGGGCCAGGAAUAGUCAUCCCAAUAAACCAUGGAUUCGAGUACCUGUCUCCUUCCUUCAUUUUCCACGGUGUUCUCUCCUUGCCUGACAGCCUAAACCUGCACAGAGAGCAGCAGAGGUCCAACAAACCAGGAGAAGUGCACAUGUACAGCCAGUCUGAACUGAGGACCAUCGAGCAGUCCCUGCUUGCAACUCGUGUGGGAAGCAUUGCUGAGCUCAGUGAUUUGGUGUCCCGUGCAAUGCAUCACCUCCAGCCUCUGCACCUAAAGAAUCACAGCAAUGGCACCCCAAUGCACCACAAGCAAGGGUUGGCGUACUGGGAGCCUGAAGCCUUGUAUACCCUCUGCUACUUCAUGCACUGUCCACAGAUGGAGUGGGAGAACCCCAACGUGGAGCCAUCCAAAGUCACCCUACAAACUGAGAGGCCAUUCUUGGUACUGCCUCCCCUGAUGGAGUGGAUCAGAGUGGCAGUAGCUCAUGCAGAACACCGCCGGAGUUUCUCAGUAGACAGUGAUGAUGUCCGACAAGCAGCGAGGCUCCUUCUUCCUGGAGUUGACUGUGAACCUCGGCAGCUGAAGACGGAUGACUGUUUCUGUGCCUCUCGGAAACUGGACGCUGCUGCCACAGAAGCCAAUUUUCUGCAAGAUUUAGGAUUCCGGAUGUUGAACUGUGGCAGGACAGACCUGGUCACACAGGCUGUGUCUCUGCUAGGCCCUGAUGGCAUCAACAGCAUGAGUGAACAGGGGAUGACUCCUCUGAUGUAUGCUUGUGUUCGUGGGGAUGAGGCCAUGGUACAAAUGCUACUGGAUGCUGGAGCAGACAUAAAUAAUGAGGUACCUAACACAGUGCACAAAUACCCAUCGGUCCACCCUGAGACUCGCCAUUGGACGCCACUCACAUUCGCAGUGUUACAUGGACACAUUCCUGUCGUACAGCUAUUGUUGGACGCCAGAGCAAAUGUUGAAGGUUCCUUGCAGGAUGGGGAAGAAAACUAUGCUGAAACUCCUUUGCAACUGGCUUCUGCAGCAGGUAACUUUGAGCUUGUCAGUUUGUUAUUGGAGAGAGGAGGAGACCCCAUGAUUGGAACACUGUACAGGAAUGGGAUUUCGUCUACUUCCCAGGGAGAUAUGAACUCCUACAGUCAGGCUGCUGCACAUGGACACAGGAAUGUGUUCCGGAAACUACUUGCCCAGCCUGAGAAAGGGAAGACUGAUGUCUUGUCCCUGGAGGAGAUGCUGGCUGAAGGGUCUGACCCGGCUGAAAAGAAUCCAGGGCAUUCAAACUCCAGCAGGAACAGCAAGGCCAAGCUUAAAGCCCUGCGUGAAGCCAUGUAUCACAGUGCUGAGCACAGCUACGUGGACGUCACCAUUGACAUUCGCAGUCUGGGCGUGCCCUGGACUCUCCACACAUGGCUGGAAUCCCUGCGCACCUCCUUCCUCCAGCACAGGAGACCUCUCAUCCAGUGCCUGCUGAAGGAGUUCAGCUCUAUCGAAGAGGAGGAGUACACCGAAGAGAUCAUUACUCAUGGGCUGCCAUUGAUGUUUGAAAUUCUGAGAGCCAGCAAGAAUGAAGUGAUAAGCCAGCAGCUGUCUGUUAUUUUUACUCAGUGCUAUGGACCGUACCCCAUCCCAAAACUCACAGAGAUUAAAAGAAAGCAGACGUCACGCCUAGAUCCUCAUUUUCUGAAUAAUAAAGAGAUGUCGGAUGUUACUUUCCUGGUUGAAGGAAAACCAUUCUAUGCGCACAAAGUGUUGUUAUUCACUGCCUCUGCCAGGUUUAAAUCAUUGCUCUCCAACAGACCUGUUGCUGAGAACACAUGUAUUGAAAUCAGCCAUGUGAAGUACAAUAUCUUUCAGCUGGUGAUGCAGUACCUCUACCACGGAGGGACGGAAUCACUUCACGUGAGGAACAAUGAGAUCAUGGAGCUUUUGUCCGCUGCUAAGUUCUUCCAGCUGGAUGCCCUACAGCGUCACUGUGAAAUCAUCUGUGCUAAAAACAUUAAUACUGACACCUGUGUUGAUAUCUACACCCAUGCCAAGUUUCUGGGAACCCCUGAGCUCUCUGCGUAUACAGAGGGCUACUUUCUGAAGAACAUGGUGGUACUGAUUGAGAAAGAAGCCUUCAAGCAGCUGCUGUAUGACAGGCCUUCGGAGAACCCCGGGCCGGACGUGCUGCAGGACCUGGAAAGGACACUGGGAACCAGGAUCCAGUCCAUUCAUCUGUCCUCUUCCAAGGGCUCCAUCGUGUGAGCUGCUAUGGAUUAAGAGCAUCUGUUUUUGGGUUUCUUUAGUUUUUUACACACAACACCUGACUUUCUUGCUUGGCCUGCUUGGAAUGCUUUGGAUAUCUGUGUAGUCUGUGUUAAAUGAUCUAUCUCAUGCUCAUUGGUCAUUUCAUUUGUUUACUGACCAGGAUGCUUGUCCUUCUUAGCCUGUUUCAAAGCAGGGUAUGCUGUAUGAACAACUUGUGCAGACUUCAACUCUGUUGUCAUAAUAGGUCAGUUUUUACAUUAAUAUAUCAGGAGCUAUGCGUUUUUAUCCACAAAAUUGAUGGCACUGGACCAUUUUGCAUAAGGCCCAAUCAUAUUGAUAAGUGACAUAGAUUUAAUGUUAAAAAUGUUUAAAGCAUAUGUGAGAAAUGUAAAUACUUACCUAAUAUUAAUCUAAUGACGAGUUAUAAAUCAAGUAGGAUUAGAUAUUCAUCACACUUUGUAUAACUUUGUGCAAGGAGCAUAAAGUGGCUUAAUAGAUUUAUAUAUAU